AAAGCCACUCUUAUUAUUUAUUAAGAUCCCAGUUAGAGUGCAAUAUCACUGUCUUUCAGACACUGUUGCAAAUACAUGCCAUGAAUUAUAAAAUUGCAUCUUCUCAACAGCCCCACAGAGCUGGUAGCCAUAAUUUACAUUUACUGAGUGCUUACCGUGUGCCUGUCAUUGUGCUAAACACGUUGUAAAUAUUAACUUACUUCUCAUAACCUACCAUGAGGUAGGCACUGCUGCUAUCCCUGACGUACAUCUGAAGCGCAGAUGUAAGGGAGGGUGAGUAACUUGCCCCGCUUCACACAGCCAGAGCUGGGUUUGAACCUACAGCUCAAAGGUGGCCACUAGCUUAGGACGCCACUUGAGAGAAGGAGUCAGACUUCAGCUGAGCCCUUAAAGGUGGUGGGCAUUUGUUAAAACUAAGAAGUAGAGGUAGGGCAUUCCUUUCCAGGUAGAAGGCAUUGUGUGUACACGGGUAUAGAAGUGGGUAUCAGCCUUCGCACUUUCCAGAAAGCAAGUGUGGCUGGGGUGUAAAGUGCACAGUUGAGGAUAAAGGGAGUGGUGCCUGUCAUUUGGUUGAUAAAGUGCACAGUUGAUAAAAGGAGUGUCUGUCAUUUGGAGAUCCACAGAGGGUUAAGGUGGCUGAUUCUCCCGGGAGAUGCCGAGUCUGGGUCCCUCUCUACAGGAGUCUGGAAGUGAGUGGCUGUAGCGAUUGUUGACGUCUUUUUAAGUCCUUUAAGCCCUUAUUGGUCCAGCUGACCGCCACCAGGGCACUUUGAGGCAGGGACUUGGGGGUGGGAAGGGAAACAGAGAAAAGGCAAGUGAAAGAGAAGGGGGAGGUGCAGUUUCAGAAGCAGGCGAGCGCUCUCUUCCUGCCUAGCCUCCGACGACCUGUCCUUCAGCUUCGCCGGGUGGACCCCGCAUUGGGCCCUAUGGCUGACGAACGCUGCUGCCGGAUCUCUAAGAAAGUCCAGAUCUGUCUUGCAGUCGGGCUCCUGGUGGCUGUCGCCGUGUUGGCCGUCGUCGGAGUCCUGAAGUGGCUCCAGCGGCCCAAGUGGAACGGGCGAGGGACCACAGACAACUUUGCUGGCAUGGUCCUGGAGCGAUGCAACGUCUACACUCAGAUGUUGCAGCCCGCGCUGAGAAAUGUAGACUGCCAAAAGAUACAGGAAGCAUUCAAAAGCUCGUCUAUUUCAAAGAAUCCUUGUAACAUUACAGAAGAAGACUAUCAGCCACUGGUGAAGUUGACAACUCAGACUAUACCUUGCGGCAAGACUGUCCUUUGGAGCAAAGCGAAAGAGACGGCACACGAAUACACGCGGGGGGACCGGGAGAUGUUCACCCUGGAGGACACACUGCUGGGCUACCUGGCUGACGGCCUCACGUGGUGUGGAGACGCCGGCACUUCUGAAAUGAACUACCGAUCUUGUCCACACUGGAAGAAAGACUGCCCUAAUAAUCCUGUUUCGGUAUUCUGGAAAAUGGCUUCCCGGAGGUUUGCAGAUGCUGCCUGUGGUGUGGUCUAUGUCAUACUCAAUGGCUCCAUCAGUAACCCCUUUGACGAAAACAGCACUUUUGGAAGUGUGGAAAUCAAUAAUUUGCGUCCAGAAAAGGUUCAGGCACUACAUGCCUGGGUGAUACAUGAUGUUGGAGGAGUUCCCAGUGACCCAUGCAUGACUUCCUCCAUAAAUAAGCUGAAAUCGAUUACAAGCCAAAGGAAAAUUGCAUUUAGGUGCCGGCAUAAUGCAGGACUGCCACAUUCAUUAAGGAUAUGACAAAUCCUGAGCGUUCGCCUUGCAGCUCUAUAAUCUGAGCCAACUGUCACGGUUGUUUCAGCCUUUUGACCCCUUGUGUAUCCAUCAACACGUGUGACUCGGCAGACUCACUGGUGGGGAGCCGAAGAUUCGGGAGGGUCCUCUGUCUUACUGUCAGCAUUAGAGAUGGAAUCCUUUUCCCCCAUAGCCUUAAAAUAACUUAUGUUAGCAGUAUAGCUUUUAUUGUGAUCUACUAAGAUUUAAGAAAAAAAAAUUAUUGUAUAAAAUUAAAAUGAAAAUUUCCUAUUAUUUCAUUUUCAUGUGAUUUUUAAUGUUGUUUUUAUGCUGGUAAUAUGCUUUCUAUUGAAAAAUGACCAUACCAACCCUCUCCUGUUAGAAUAGGCAAGUUAAAAAAAACCGUAAAUGCCCAUGCUUUUCAGAAAACAUUACAUUUCCAAAUGAAUGACUUAGUCUUAUGAUAUAUUUUUGUACUCUUCCUAUACAGAUAGUUUCAUUGCAAGCUCCAUGGCCAUGGGACAUGUAGGGGAAAAGUAUUC